AUGGCCGAAGAUAACUUGCCCUCGUCUCCCACUGCACCAUCUAGAUCCAACAUGUCUUCCAAAACAUCAUCUUCUGGUAAGGAUACCCAGCUCGAUGCUCUUCGUGCUCGUCAAGCUGCUCUUGAAGCAACUGUCGCCGAACUGCAUGCUCAGCGUACCUCUCUCGUCGAUUCCUUCUCNCCCACCUUCAAUAUUCAAGAGCCAGAAGACACAGAAACUCGUGCAAAGCUCGCAGUGAAUGCAGCCAACACAAAGAUCAAGUCCCAGAUCAAACAGCUACAGCAAUACAACGACAUCAAAGAUAUCGGCACUCAGCUGAUGGGAAUUAUCGCCGAGAAGCGUGGCUGCCGCAUCGGUGAGGUUCAGGAGGAGUUUGGUAUCAAUCCUGAUGAUUGA